CACAAGGAUAACAUGUAUUGGCAACCAUGGGCAGUAACGAUGCCCUUACGGCCGGCCCGGUCACAGAAAAAGAAAAAGAAGGAGCUUCCGCACCGGCGGCCACUACCACACCACACGCCAACAUACCGGAGAUUAUGUCCUCGCUGCCCACGGCGGCAGGGUUCCCCCCCUUCCAGUUGCGCCGGUACGGCGGCUUCUGGCUGACCGACAGAUAUCUGGAGUUUAUCGGCGCGGGCGCGUUCCACGCCCGCUUCAAGCCGAGGCCGACCGACGUGCUCCUCGCGAGUUUCCCCAAGUCUGGAACCACCUGGCUCAAGGCACUCGGCUUCUGCGCGCUCAACCGCGUGGCCCACCCGCCGUCUGCUGGUUCCGGCCACCCGCUCCACUGCGGCAGCCCCCACGACCUGGUGCGCUUCGUCGAGGGCCAUGAUGAUCUGCUAUACGAGGAGCUCCCUCAUCCCCGGCUGCUAGCCACCCACCUACCCUACUCGUUGCUGCCCGACGGUGUCACGGGCAAGGAGGACGGCUCCGGCGGCCGGAUCGUGUACGUCUGCCGGGACCCCAAGGACACGCUGGUUUCCUUCUGGCACUUCCACCAGAAGACCACGUCGGUGUUGCAGCAGGUGCCCGGCAUGAGCGCGUCGUCCCCCGCCAUGCCCACUUUCGAGGAGGCGUUUGAGCUCUUCUGCCAGGGCCAGACGGUGACGGGGUGCCUGAAGAAGAUGGCGUCCUUCAUGGGGUGCCCCUUCUCGCCGGAGGAGGAGGCGGCCGGGGUGGUGCGGGAGGUCGUGGAGCUCUGCAGCUUGGGUAAGCUCAAGGGGCUGCAGGUGAACAAGAGCGGAAGCACGGUGCUGGGGAUUAAGAACGAGGCAUUCUUCAGGAGCGGGACGGUGGGGGAUUGGAGUAGCUGCAUGACUCCGGCCAUGGCGGCACAGCUGGACGGGAUCGUCGCGGAGGCGCUCAGGGGCUCCACGCUCACCUUUGGGCCUUUGGCACCUCCAAUAAUUUGUGAGCCUGGCUUCCUAUAAUACUGCUGCUCGAUCAUUUGCUACUUACGUUACGCACUACUCCUACUUUGUUAGUAUUUCCGUUAGCAAAAUAAGGGCCAUGCAGUGUGGUGUGUGCAUGUAAACGUCCUGGCCAAGCCUGUGCUUCUUUUUGUGUUGGCUUCCAGGAUUGCUUCGUGGGAUGGCACGAGCUCAAGUGAUCAUGGCGGCAUUCUAGUUCUAGGGGAGAAGGGACGAGUGGCUAUGGGAUGGCAUGGCCGGGAAGCUCGGAUCAUCACCCAGUUUCUUUUUUUUUAUCUCAAGUCAGUUUUGUAACCAGAGAAUAAAUAAAUGAGAAAAGCAUGUCUACCGUUCACUGGAUAUAUAUCCUGUGGAUGUUCUUUC